UGCUGUUUUGCAUAUCCUGAAGAUAAUCGGUGUUGUGUGAUUUCUGUUCUUUCUUUAUUUUGCUAUUCCCUGGAAUAAUAGGUGACUAAGAAAACAUUUAAUGGCCGAACAUGUUGGGAAUGGUUGUGAAUUUCGUGAAGUAAAAGGUGAUUUGUUUAAGUGUGACAAAGACUUCUCCCUCGCACAUUGUGUGAGUGCUGAUAUGCAUAUGGGAAAAGGAAUUGCAACGGUAUUUAAAAAAAUGUUUGGGGGCAUUGACGAGUUGCGCAGACAAGGUGGGAAACAAGGAGGUGUCUCGAUCCUUAAGAGAGAUGAAAGAUUUAUUUAUUAUUUGAUUACCAAAGAAAAAUAUUAUUAUAAACCAACCUACGAAACAUUGAGAAACUCGUUGAAAGCAAUGGCUAAACAUUGUCAAGAAAACAAUGUACGGAAAUUGGCCAUGCCUCGUAUAGGUUGUGGUUUAGAUCAACUGGACUGGAUUAUAGUACGAAAUAUUGUCAAAGAGAUAUUUAAAGAUAUUAACGUCAAUAUUGUAAUAUAUUCAUUAUGAUUGAAAUUACCUAUA